AUGAUCUUGAAUCGUACCCAUUCGGCCAGAUGGAAGUGCGAGAAGGCGUGCAUCUGCUCGCCUGAGUGCCUCCGGUCUGGGGUGGCGACAGGGACAAGCAAGUUGCCUAAUGCUAACCGGCUGUUUGGUAGUAUGGUCUCAGACACAAGUGGUAGCCCCUUGUGUGAGCUGUGGCCUAUGGAAUGCCGGCUAGUCCCUAAAAAGAACAGCAACAGCUGCCAUCGUUGGCCUGCACGGGUACAGACUUAG